CCUACAACAUACACCCCGAUACCAGUCAUGCAGUGCCUAGUCUUUCUGACCUUAUGUGUGGCCGUGGCCAGCACAUUAGCCGUACAACCCUUGACCAAUGUCCACCAAACAGCAGCUGCUCCAGCCUUCUGUCAUGGUCUGCAAUGUCCGAAAUACACAGUGACCCAGUCAUUUACGGGGUACCAGCUGCGUCACUACGAGAAGUCCGUGUGGGUAGCUACCAAUUUGACAACUAUGGAAUUUACCGAUAGCGAUAGUUCUUCCAUGUUCUUCAAAUUAUUUCAUUACAUCUCUGGAAACAACACCAGGAACAUGAAGAUAGAGAUGACUGCCCCAGUGGUACUGAAGGUGGAACAUGGACCAGGACCAACCUGCGAGAGCUUCUUUUACAAUCACUUCAUGAUUCCGUUUGAAUUUCAAGACAAUCCACCAGUCCCAACAGACCCCACUGUCUACAUUACAGAGAUGCCGGCCUUUGAUGUCUACGUAAAAUCUUUUGGAGGACGUCCCACAUUCAAUGACAAAAUGACCAUGAUUGAAUCUCUGGCGGCAGAGAUAGGACAUCCAUCCCUUUUUGAGGAAAGGUUUUAUUACUUCGCCGGCUAUGACGGCCCAUACACUAUUCACGCGCGACACAACGAGGUAUGGCUGGUAGCCCGGCACUAAAUCACGUGACUCAUCAUUUGUUAUUACUGUUAUUGUUGUCUUUUUUAUUUCUUAUUUACGAUAUUUUACUUUAUAAAUAAAAAAAAACAUUAAAACAAA